AUUGCAGAUCAUUUUUCCGCCACCUCAGAUGAUUGCUCUGUAAUUAUAUUUGCCUGUUUCACCAAGACAGCCAAGAUUUCAUACUUGGAAAGAGCACAGCCAUGGCUCAGGCAGGAAUGUGUGAACUUCUUGAUAAGUCGUUGGCAGAAAGUAAAGAUAUUAGUCCUUCAGAUAAGAUGUUUUUGCACAAUGAGGUGAUGUACCCUACUAUGAUUUGUUGCCCAGAAACACUGAAAAUACUUGACACCUUUGAGGCCAGGAGCGAUGAUGUGAUUUUAGUGGGAUACCCCAAAACUGGUACUAAUUGGGUUGGUCAGAUUUUAGUUGAGUUGGAAGCUGUAUCUGGAAAAUAUGAUGACGAAGAAAGGAAAAAGAGGAGAACACGGCAAAGGGAGAGUGAACUAUCAUUAUUUCCAUAUCUUGAAUUUGGAGAUCCAGAAAAGUUUGAGAGGAUGAAGCAACUACCCUCCAGAAGAAGAAUAAAAACGCAUCUUGCUCCUCAAACACUACCCAAAUCUAUUUUUAAAAAUAAGACAAAGAUACUGGUUUUGUUUCGGAAUCCAAAGGAUACAGCUGUCUCUUAUUUCCAUUUUGCAAAUGGCAUGAAAUUGUUUCCAACCCAAAAAACCUGGGAUGAGUUCUUCCCAGACUUUAUAAGAGGAACAGUGCCUUGGGGUCUUUAUUUAGACCAUAUUAUGGAAUGGAACAAGUAUCUGGAUGACAAAAAUGUCAUGUUUAUUACUUAUGAGGAAAUAAAAGAGAAUCCAGCUUUGGGAGUGAAAAGAAUGGCUGAAUUCUUUGAUUUUUCUGUAAGUGAACAAGAGAUUCAGUUCAUUGUGGAGAAAACUAGUUUCAAAACCAUGAAAGAUGAAGCUUCAGAAACUCAUGGAGAAAUGGGCAAGUCUCUUUUCCGUAAAGGUAUAGUAGGUGACUGGAAGAAUGUCUUCUCAGAAAACCAGAAUGAAGAAAUGGAUAGAAAAUUUGAAGAGAGUGUAGCAAGAACAAAGCUUGGAAUGAUGUUAAAGUAUGAUGUGUACUGUAAAUGCUGAGUACAACACUAGUUCUCAUGGCUGAUGGGUAAUGGAUUAAUCUGAAUACUUCAGAAUCUAUUAUUUUUGUAUGUUUCUGUUAUUUCAUUUGUUAAGAUUGCCUUUGGCUAUAAGCAAUCAAUAAACUUGAAUCAAGUAUAAAUUUUUCUGGUGGUGAAGAGUACCCUCAUGUCGUAAUUGACUUAUGGUGACUCCUGGUGGUGUUUUCAUGGCAAGAGACUAACAGAGGUUGUUUGCCAUUGCCCGCCUCUGCAACCCUGAUCUUUGUUGGAGUUCUCUCAUCCAAAUACUAACCAAGACUGACCCUGCUUAUCUUCUAAGAUCUGACGUUUUAAAACCUGAACUUUUAAAAAUAUAUUGCUGAGAUUUGAACUUUUAAAAAAUACGUUGCUGAUUUGAUGUAUUUUAAAAAGUUGAAUAUUUUUACAAAUAUUAAUAAAAUUUCCUGCUUAUAUAUAGA